UGCUGCAAAUGAACUGUUACUCCCCAAACAUGGUACUGACCAACGGCGUGUGGCUUGGGGAGAACCCAAUGCACUAUUCUCUUCCUUUGUUCCUCACUCAACUUCUCUUUGUGUCCGUCACCACCCGCGCCAUCGCCGCCCUCCUCCGCCCUCUCCACCAGCCUCUCAUCGUCGCCGAAAUCUUAUCCGGGCUUGUCUUGGGCCCAACACUUAUGGGCCGUAUAUUCAAAAAUUCAAACUUCUUCUUCUUCCCCCUGCGCAGCGAGAACCUCAUGAAAACAGCAGCAAACAUAGGCCUCCUCUUCUUCGUUUUCACCGUUGGCCUCGAAAUGGAUAUGUCCAACUUCCGUCACACCGGCCGCAAAGUCCUCUCCGUCGCCGCCGCAGGCAUGAUCCUCCCAUUCCUCGUCACCAUCUCCCUCUCCUACACCUUUCGCGAACACCUCCUCCCAGAACCCAACAACAACCACGCCUUCUACAUCUACCUCGCCAUCGCUCUCUCCAUCACCUCCUUCCCCAUCCUCGCCCGCAUGCUCAUCGACAUCAAGCUCAUGGAAACCGAAAUCGGCCACAUCGCCCUCUCAUCCGCCAUGAUCAUCGAACUUCUCGGCUGGAUUCUCCUCGCCAUCGGCAUCGCUUUCACAGGGGAUACGUCCGACACCAACGAUCCCCCUCCCCCUUCCCAUCUCAUCAUCCUCGCCGGCCUCCUGUUCGUGCUGCUCUGCAUAUUUGUGGUCCGCCCUGCUGUCGGGCGGUUCAUGAGACGCACACCGGAGGGGGAGGUGAUGAGCGAUAUGGAUAGCGGGACCAUACUUAUCGGCGUGAUGGCUGCCGGACUUAUGGCGGAUAUGAUUGGGAUACAUUCCGCGUUUGGAGCUUUUCUAUAUGGUUUCGUGAUACCGCCGACGCCUCACGCAACGGCUCUGAUCGGGCGGGUGGAGGAGUUCAUAAAAGAUUUAUUGCUGCCUUUGGUGUUCUUCGGCAGCGGAUUUCGGACUGAUCUUUUGAUGAUUAAGCGGCUGAAUCAUGCGCUUGUUAUCAUCUUCAUCUUCCUGUUGUCCAGCGCGGCUAAGAUUGGGGUGAUCGUGCUCAUAGCGGUCUACUUCAGUUUUCCUGUUCUUGACGGGAUUGCGUUGUCUUUCCUCUUGAAUCCCAGUGGAUUUGUUAUACUCAGCAUUGCGCAGGACAAAAAACUGAUAGAAGCUGAAACGUACGCGAUCAUGCUGCUGCUCAACAUCAUCAUGACCAUAACAGUGAUGCCGGUGGUGACAGCCGCCCACAAGCGAUCCCGCAAACACCUGGGCUACAAGCGUCGAAAUCUGCAGUGCUCCCGUCCAGACUCCGAGCUCCGCAUGCUAACCUGCGUCCAUAAAUCACGCAACGUCCCCUCCAUCAUGAGCCUCCUCGACUUCUCCAACCCAACCAAAAGAACCCCCAUCUUCGUCUACGCCCUCCACCUCGUCGAACUCAGCGGCCAGGCCUCCGCCAUGCUCAUCGUCCACAACACCCGCAGCUCCAACUCCCUCCCCCUCACCCACGCACAAUCCGAACACAUCAUCGCUGCUUUCGAGACAUACGAGCAGCACACCGGCGGCGUCUCUGUUCAACCCAUCACCGCCGUCUCCCCCUUCUCCACCAUGCACGAAGAUGUCUGCUCCAUCGCGGAGGACCACCACGUCGCUCUCAUAAUCAUCCCAUUCCAUAAAAUCCACAGCGUCGACGGAGGAAUGGAGGUGAUCCACCCGUCCAUUCGCAUGCUCAAUGCCAAUGUGUUCAAACACGCGCCUUGCUCUGUCGGCUUGCUUGUGGACAGGGGUUUAUCGAGCACUGUAGGGGUGAACAGGCUUCAGCACUUGCGGCAUGUGGUGGUGCUUUUCUUCGGCGGCGCGGAUGACCGCGAGGCAUUAGCCUACGCGUGGCGGAUGGCGGAGCACCCGGCGGUUUCUAUGACGGUAUUGAGAUUUAUUGGGAAGGGGGAGGAGGUGGGGGAACAGGACGAGCAGUAUGUGAGUGAGUUUCGGCUAAAUUUUGUGAGCAAUGAAAGUGUGGUGUAUGUGGAGAAGGUGGUGAGCAAUAGCGAGGAGACGGUGGGGGUGAUAAGGGGGUUAAUGGAAGGGGAGAGGCAUGAUUUGUAUGUGGUGGGGAGGGGGAGUGGGAAGUCCAGGCUGACGACGGGGAUGGAUGAAUGGUCGGAGUGUCCGGAGCUUGGGCCCAUUGGGGAUUUGUUGGCUUCUUCGGAUUUUGGGACGGGGAGUGCGACGUCCGUGUUGGUGGUGCAGCAAUAUGUGGGGGAGGGUGCUUUUAGGGAAGGGGUGGAGGAGGAUGAGGAGGUGGUGGUGGAGAGUCCGACGAAGUUGGAGAGUGUGCAGCACUAUUUGUCGGGUCAUACUGCGAGCAGAGGUGGUGGGGGAGUGUUAGCGUGA